GAUGGCAGAGUUAUUUAUGGAAUGUGAAGAAGAGGAGCUAGAACCCUGGCAAAAGAGAGUGAAAGAAGUGGAGGAGGAUGAUGAUGAUGAUGAUGAUGAGCCAAUCUUUGUUGGGGAAAUCACAAGCUCGAAGACAGCUAGUACAUGUACAGUUACUACAUUCAAGCCUGACAGUCACCAUUACAUGAUGCCUGCCUCCAGCCCCAGUGCCAUGCCUGUUUCAUCAGCCUUUCAAUCUGUAUCCAGACCUACAGCUAGCUCUGUAGCAGUUCAGCCAUUGUCUAUAUCAGUGAAUGUUUCAGGAACUUCAGAAACAUUGCAGGGACCAGUUGGUGGAUGUUUAUCAACACAGCAGAUACCUGGGUCAAGUUCUGGAAUAUCACAGCCUGUUGGCAGGCAUGUAACCAGUCCAGUGACAACACAGCAAGUGUCAAGAAAUAUCACGGUUCCUGUAGUGGCUCAACCUGUAUCCAGGCCAAUGACUACUGUAACAGCACAGCCUGUAACAGUCAAUGAGGAUUAUAUUAUGGAUUCUCCACCAGCUGCACCAGAUACUACAUCUGGUAUACUGUUUGGUGUGAGACAGAACUCUGGAGUUCCACAGUACGAGACUGGGCCAGCAGUGAAUGUAACAG